ACCACUAUGUCAACUGAUGAGUCAUCUACAUCUUUGAACAUUUGUAUUAAAAUGACAGGCUAUUCAAUUGGAACCUUGUGUCCAAUGGCGCUGCCUAGCGUUAAAGCCAUCGCUGAAACCCCCAACUUAGCCUCCAUUCCUUCCUCUUACAUCUUCACCACCAGCGACGACUCAGACGAUGUCGCCACCACCGCCGAUGCAGCUCCACACGGUGUCGAAGAUUCGAUCCCCACCAUUGAUUUUUCUCUCCUAACCACUGGUACUCCCCAUCAACGAUCCAAAGUGGUCAAUGAGCUUGGCAAGGCCUGCCAUGAUUGGGGCUUCUUCAUGGUGAUCAAUCAUGGAGUGGGGGAGGGGUUGAUGAAGGAGAUGGUGGAGAUUUGUAGAGAAUUUUUUGAUCUAACGGAAGAGGAGAAGAGAGUGUACGAAACAAAGCAUGUGCUUGACCCCAUCAGAUAUGGCACCAGCUUCAAUCCUAAGAUGGAGGAGGUGUUCUUUUGGAGAGAUUAUUUGAAGGUCUUGGUUCAUCCCAAGUUUCACUCCCCACCUAAACCGACAAGAUUCAGGGAGAUCUUGGAAGAGUACAGCAAGAGAAUCAAAGAAAUGGCAAGAGAAUUGGUGAGAGGAAUAUCAGAGAGCUUGGGAUUGGAAGCCUGUAACAUAGAGAAAGCAGCAGAUCUUGAGUCAAGUUCAACACUGUUUGCAGCAAAUUUGUAUCCACCAUGUCCACAGCCACAGCUUGCAAGGGGCUUACCACCUCAUUCUGAUCAGUGCCUUCUCACUGUUCUUCUUCAAAACCAUGUUGCUGGCCUUCAAAUCCUACAUGAUCAUCAAUGGCUCACUGUCAAUCCCAUUCCCAACGCGUUACUCGUUAACACGGCCGAUCAACUCGAGAUCAUGAGCAAUGGCAAAUACAAGAGCGUUUUGCACAGAGCAAUGGUGAAUGACAAAGCCACAAGGAUUUCCAUAGCCAUGGCAAUUGGGCCAUCAUCUCAAACACUGGUUGCUCCUCUCCCUGAAUUGCUUCAUAAACACAACAGUCCUCCUUUGUUCAAGAGCAUCAUGUACAAAGAUUAUAUGGAAAUGCUUCAAAGUAAUAAACUCGAACGAAAAUCUUGCUUGGAUCGUAUUCGUUUGCUUUGAUAUAGGUAGACAUCGAGUUUCGUUUCGAUUCUAAAUCACUUUGUAUUGUGUAAAGAUUGUGAGAUCUCUUUAGAUCUUCGACACUUUCAACCGUUACAGUACUUCAGAUUUGGUAUCUAUCAUGUUCUCUCGUGAU